AUGCUGCAGCGAAUAGGAAAUCAAACUGAUAAUAUUUUGCAUUUCGAUGAACCAAUAACAAAAGAGAUUCCAAAUGAUUUCCUUGGACGGGUGAAGUAUUAUUAUGAUUUCUACAAUCUACGAAGCAUUGCUCCUUUUAUUUUAUUGGUCCUUUAUUCGUUAUUAGGUGCAACAGUGUUUUACUGGAUUGAAUAUGAUUAUGAACAAGAAUUAUUCAGGAGAGAAACAUUGGUCUUAGAAAGCCUGAGGAAUGAAACAUUUUAUCGCUUGAAAAGUAUUAUGACUGAUGGAAUUAGUAGCGAACGAACGAAGUUAUAUAAUUCCCGAGAUAUUUUGGUUUGGUAUGAAAGGCAAUUAGGGCGAAUGAAAUCUUCUAGUAAUCUAAAGUGGGAUAUGUGGGGUGCAUUAUACUAUGUCGGAACAAUUUUUACUACCAUAGGUUAUGGUAAUAUAGCACCAAGAACAACUGGCGGUCAAUUAUUGAGUAUCAUCUAUGCUAUGAUUGGAAUUCCACUUGUUUUAGCGAUUUUGAAUCAAUUUGGUAAAACUUUAACUCGCUUGGCCAGCCAUCUUUGGCUAAGGAAUCAAAUCGAUCUUGAAGAAGGUACGCUUCCUCUUCGUAAUGACGAAUAUAACCAUUAUCAGUUGGAUAGUGCGAAUACAAAUAAUAAAGACGAAAAUAAGGAUGAAGAUGAAAUAAUUGAAAGCAGGACAAUUCCUGUGUGGUUAGCAUUUCUUAUAUGCAUUGCAUGGAUUUGCCUUUGUGCCGGGUUAUUUUGCAUUUGGGAAACGCAGUGGUCUUAUUUUACAUCGUUGUAUUUUUUCUUUAUAUCCUUGUCUACGAUAGGCCUUGGUGAUGUUGUACCUGAUCAUCCACAUAUGUUAAUUUUAAUGUUUUGGCUGGUCAUUAUUGGUUUAUCAAUUGUGUCGAUGUUAUUAAGCGUUAUACAGAUCAAAAUUGAAGAAUGGUUAUACAAUUUAAUGAUUCGCAUGCAGAAGGAAUAUCAAAGGGCCUUGGAAUGUGGCGAUCCCAUCGAACGGAAAGCUAUAUUACAAAAACUGAUGAAAAAACAGCCGUGGUUGUUGAGAAAUAUGGUUCCACAUCUUAUUUCCGAAAAUCAAGCUGCACAAUUUAAUCGACAAGUUGAAAAUUUGGAAAAAUCUGUUAGAAAUACGAACAACAAAAAUAUUCAAACGGAAGUUCCAACAUCUUCAAAGAAAUCUAUGGAAGCACAAGUUGACGAUGAUUUGGAUAACAGCGAUACGAACGGUUAUUGUACCGCGAUUGAACUCGUUGACGAGAAUCUUCAAACUUCAGCCCAAACUUCGCCUGUAGUACUUAAUGAAGGCAUCACACUUUUGAAGCGAACACCCGAAAUGCUCGCUGAAUACAGAACACAACCCUUCCAACUUGCUGACGACCAUGCUGAUUCUAUUUCUGAAGUCACGUCUAUACCUAUGGAUCUGACCAACUUCGAUCAAUAUGAAUUGGAUCGGGCUUUAAUAGACCGAAGCCAACAAUUUCACAUUUCCAUGGAUAACUGUGGAAUACAAACUGAUAACUUUUCCAUGAAUGGUUGUGGGGUUCAAACAGAUAUCGCUCAGUUCCAAGUGGAAGAAAUAAUGCUUAAGUUGCAAGAAUUACAAAACCAGGCUGGUUAUAAACCAUUAGUAAAGGAUCAAUCUGUGGACGUUUCACUUGAAGCAUUUGCGCUCGAAUGUAUUAAACAACAACCAGAAAUAGUGGAUAGCGACAUUUGUGCAUCAGCUGAACUGUUCCAGCGUCCUGCUUUAGCAUUAAUUCAACGAGAAAUUCAGGAUAAUGAAAAUAGUGAACAAGUUACGAAAUAUACGCAAUACGAUAUAACGCCACUUAUCGUUGAUAUAUCGAUAUGCACGGAUAUAUUAGAAAACGAUAUGGUAGAACGAGGAACGGGAACAGAAGGCUGUAUUUUGAUGAGCUCUUCAAUUGAAACAGAUCCUUGGAUGUCACAGCUACAGAUGCCUGAAUGUAGCCGAGCGGUUCAGACUCAGUUCAAUUAUUAUGAACUGCUGAGGCAUGUGUCAUGCUCAUACUACACAGUAUUCUUAGCAAUUCUUAACUUCCCAAACUAUCUUAACUAUCGAUCUUUGAGUGGCAGAGUACCACAGGUAACUCAAAGGUCGCCAUGUUUGGAUGCCAAAGUUUUUUGUGAUGUUCAAACUCAAACGAUGCUGGAAUUGAGUGAUUUCCUUUUCGACGCUCGAAACGAUCAAGGAGUACUGAAAUCUUCCGUAUCAACCAUGUCGUUGCAUGGCAGCGAAUUGAGCCUUGCGCCAAUCGUUCGAAAGGAUUUAAUCAUUCAAACGGACGAUUCAUAUUUGAAAAUUGCUCGUCGUCUCGACCAAAUGCGUUCAAAUCGAACCGAUAGUUUGCAUAUUUGCGUAGCAAAACCACUGAAUAGUUUUAAUAAUUCUAAGAAAUGGAAACAUGAUAAUAACAGACUUAUAUGUGAUCGACCAAGUGAGAGACGAGGUUAUAUCAUCGAUCCACCGAUUCGAAAGCGAAAAUCCUUCAAAAGUAGUUUUGAUAGGCGCACCUCGAACAUGCCACCAAAUAGAGUGACAUUUUCAAUCGUUGAAGAAGAACUGAAAGCUGAAGCUAGUGCAUUGCUUUUAAGGAGAAGUGAUGAAGCCGGUCCUUCAAGCGGCUCCGCAAACCAGUCUCGUAGCGAUGAAAAUUCAAAGGCUGUACGUAUAUCCCUACAAGGAAAAAAAGGAAAAGAGCAUUUGGCAUGGAAAACAUCACUAACACCUUCAAAUAUACCAUGGGGAAAAGUUAGCGACUAUAUAAAGUAUCACGAAAUGGGGAUUCAUAGUCCUGGUACACCACAAGGUCGUCGUGCUAGCAAUAUCACCAUCAUAGAUAUGCGAGAUAAAUGA